AUGCUGGCCCGAAUCAACUCGAUCUUUUGCAUUCUUUUGCUGUUCAAAGGAGCUUCAUCGUCACAUAAUGUGUCCCGGCUAGCGUGCUCUCGAAUAUCACAGGAACUACCUGAAGAGGUCUAUUACUCAGGCUCUUCGGAAUACUCAAACUCAUUAUCCUCCUACUUCAGUCUCCAAGAACAAGAGAUUUUACCUUCAUGUAUUGUGCAGCCUAAAACAACCGCGGAUGUGGCCAAGACUGUGUCAAUAAUGCGUGGAUUCCUCAAGCAAGGGGGUCAGUUUGCUGUCCGGGGUGGUGGUCACACCCCAUUUUCGGGAGCUGCUAAUAUAAACCACGGCGUCACCAUUGAUCUUGGUCUUCUGAAUAAGGUCGAUGUUAGUCCAGACCGAAAGACUGUUACUAUUGGGCCCGGCGCGCGCUUUUCUCAGGUAUGGCAAGUGCUAGAUCCGCUGAAAGUUUCCAUCACGGGAGGGAGAGAUUCAGACGUCGGGGUUGGAGGUUAUAUCCUUGGGGGUGGAUUGAGUUACUUAGGACCGCUGUUAGGCUGGGCCUGUGACAAUGUGGUGGGAUAUGAGCUUGUCCUAGCCUCCGGCAAGAUUGUCACCGUGAAUGAGCAGACCUACCCCGAUCUUUUCCUAGCCCUAAAAGGUGGUUCUAACAACUUCGGAAUUGUUACCUCUUUCACCAUGAAAACCUAUCCCCUGGGGGAGUUUUGGGGUGGUUUUAUUGCAUAUGAAUCUACGGCUGCUGCACAACAGGUGGAUGCAUUCUCUCGAUUCAUGGGCGUGGAACCUUACGAUCCCCACGCAGCAAUGAUUCAAACCUAUGGCUAUACUGCUGGAGUAUCGAUCAUUAGCAAUGGAUUAGCAUACACUGAGCCUGUGACAUACCCCACGGUAUUUGCAGACUUUGUAGACAACGCCACCGCCAUAUCAAAUGAUCUUCGAAUUGACACCAUGGCUUCAUUCGCCAAUGAAACGGACAGUUACCAAUCUUUCAAUCAGCGGCAAAUCUGGUAUACGACAACAUUUGCCCACAGCCCAAAAGUCUACUCUACCAUACAUUCUCUCUGGAACAGCUCGCUUGCGGGAAUAUCCGAUAUUGAUGGCAUCAACUGGUAUUUCACCUUGCAGCCUACACCAGCACUCGACAACACAAACAGCCUAGGCUUGAAUCCGGCAGAUAAAAGACUUUGCAUUGCUAUGAUAACGGCAUGGUACACCAAUGCAGCCGAUGACGAUACCGUAUCUGUGGCAGUCGAGAACCUAUUUGCCUCAAUUGACGCCGCCACGAAAGCUGCCGGUGUCUACCGCCCUUUUAAAUAUUUGAAUUACGCGGACGGCUCACAGGCUGUUAUUGCCAGUUAUGGAACCAAAAGUAAUGCAUAUCUCAAAUCAGUGAGCGAAAGGUAUGACCCGCAAGGUCUGUUUCAGACCGGGGUUCCUGGGGGGUUCAAGCUUUUUUAG